AUGAAUAGAGUGGCGAUUAGUUCAUUUAGAUUGAUAGGUUGUAGAACAAAUAAUCUAUUAUCCUAUCAACAACAAUCUAGGAGUAUCAGCCAUAGCAGUAACAAGUCAAAGAUCACCGAUAAUAGUAGUAGAUCAACUUUUUUGAAUAGAUCUUGCAUAAGCAAUCAACAACAACAACAACAAAUCUAUAGAUAUUCAACGACAUCAUCGACAGCAACAACACAUCAAAAGACAGUAGUAGCAGCAGCAGAUAAAACAACGAUUGUAUCAAACAAUGAUGAAAUAGAGUUAUUGUCAAAUCAAGAAAUAGGUCAUCAAGUAGAUGAAUUUUCAGAUUAUCAAAACGAAGAACAAGAUGUUGAAGAGGAAUUAUCAAGUAUCAAUGUAUGGAGAGAAAAGUUAUUCAAAUUUUUCAAUCAUCUCUUUAUCAAUAAUUCAACCUUUAAUUUACAAAUAUUUUUAGAAACAUUUAAAACAUCAGAUUAUCAAACUAUAAAGAUAUCAAGAUAUGGAUUUAUUUGGUUACAAAGUAUCAAUUGUCAAGAGAUUGAAGCAUAUAAUCAAAUCUUGUCAAAUCUAAGAACCAACAAAAAAAAUAAUAUCUUUUUCUCUACUUAUUACUCGAUUCUAAAGACUAUUCCCUCCAAGGUCAAUCUACAGACCUAUAUGCUUGCCAUUACCUAUUUCAAUAGUUUUGAUAUGUACGAUCAGACAAGACAUGUGUUUAGCAAAGUAUUCAAGGACCUCGAUGUAGUAUUGGAUGAAAGAGCAUGCACACAAUGGCUAAAGUGUGACCCUAAAAAAUGGCAACGUAUCCUGAACUAUAUGGCAAAGAAUGGUGUUGCGAGAACCGAAGAAUUCAACUCCCAAUUGAUUUGGGUAGAGAUUAAUAUAAAAGAUGAUGUCGAUCGAGCAAUAGAAAUAUUCGAAAAGGAUAUAAAGGCGAAAUUGGUUCGUGGAGGUUUUCCCGAGUCUACUACCUAUCAUUUGUUGUUGGUUUCGUUCCUUCGUAUUGCAAGAUUGGAUCUAUUUGACAAGUAUUGGAAUGAAAUGGAAUCGUUUGGUGUAAUGCCACUCGAAAGUACCAUAUCAGUUUCGAUCAACAAGAUUCACAAACUUCUUGGGUUUUCGGCGACCAGUCAAUUCUAUCACAAUAUAUCGGCAAAGUACGAGGGUCUUUCUACCCAUCCCAAGAUUCUAGCUGCACUUGUCAUGUGUCUCAUAUCGGAUCCCAAACGCAAGGGAAUGGAACCACUCAUUCAGUUUUUGGAUCAUCUAGAGGAGAGAAAUCUCUUGACGUUUGGUUUGUUGGAUGAUAUUAUUGGUCCUGUCAUUCGUCAUCGUGACCUACUCAACCUCAACUGGAUAUGCGAAGACCUUUUGACUAGAGGUUCUCAUAUUGGAGCCUUUCCCGAAAAGACUUUGUUCCAGCUUCUGGAUUUGGCCAUGAUCACCAACAACCCAACCUUUUUCGUCGACUAUUUAAUCAAAAAGGCCAAACCAAUGGAGAAAUCGAUCAACCUACGUUCCUUUUACUCCAAGCUCUUAUACUUUUACAUCAAAACACACGAUUUUGGAUCAACUGAUGAUCUCAUUAGCAAGAUGGAAAGAGAAGAUUUCAUUUUUUCACCAAAGACUGUUGCACUCUUGAUCGUAUACUAUGAUCUAAUGCGACUACAAAAAUUCAACCAAUACCACAAUUACCUUUUCUCUCAAACCUCCAAACCCAUCAUUGCAGUCACUAUCGAACACGCCAUUCAAUAUUAUCUCAUCUUUGACCACCUUGACAAGGCCAACUACUGGUUGGACAAACACGUCGAUAAAAUCACCCAAAACAUAGCCUACUAUUUCCUCUCUUUUCACAUUCUCCAACACAAUCACAGCGAAAUUACUCGUUGGAAACAAAUCAUUAGAGAUUUGGGUUACGAUCUAAAUAGUACCACUAGAUUUACAAUAUUUAAUUUUAUGCAAUCUAAUUUUUCACCAUUGCAUCCAAUCUAA